AUGGAUCAGCACAAGUAUCGCACAGCAGGAGUCCAGGAGAAGCUGGAGAUCGUCGGGGUGGAGGACGAGUCCGGGAACCCCAUCAGCGCACUGACCAUCCUGUCGCUGCUGGAGCGGGUGGCUGGAAUCAUCGACAAUGUCCAGUCCUGCCAGCAGCGAAUGGAGGAACGUCAGCUGGAUCUGGAGAACAACAUCAAGUCUAUCCAGGGCGACGUCCUGAAGCUGGCAAAGGACCACAACGACACCAGUGAGACCGUUGAGAAGCUCCUGCAGAAGACCCGCAAGGUCAGCGCUAACGUCAAGGAGGUCCGGACACGCGUUGAGAAGCAAAAUGUUCGCGUCAAGAAGGUUGAAACUACGCAGGAUGAGCUGCUCACCCGCAACAAGUUCCGUGUCGUCAUCUAUCAGGGUGAGACAGAGAUCCCAUCAGUGGCUGUCACUAAGGGUCCUAAAGGAACAGGCCUGGAUGGACUGGAGAUCGAGCCCGACUCCUAUGAUCUCCCUGCUGACCUCUCCUCCGAUGAAGAGUACCUGAGCGUGGAGGAGUCUGACCCCUCACGAGCCACCCGCAUCAAGAAGUCAAUGGUGAAAAGCAGGGAGACCCUGAAGGCCGCCUUCUCCAAGGAGAACAUGAAUAAAAAAAAAGACAACCUGGGCAACAAGUUCCACAACCUGGGCGAGAAAGUCAUAUCGCCUGAGAGGAGGGAGAAGAUGCACCAAGCCGGUGAGCGCCUGAAACACUCUGGCGAGCGUAUGAAGGAGAACAUCGCCAAGAAAGCCCCUACCAAAGAGACCUUCAAGAUCAAGCUGAAGAAGGAGAGAGCCGUCGCCGAGGGCCAGGAAGGCGCCGAAGCCGAGUCUGACCUCCACACGCAGGCCCACAAAGAGGACGCUUCGGAGGACAGCACGGCCGUCACCUACACCGAGGUCAUCACGGAAACCAAGAGGGAGGGACCUGUGGAUGAGGUCGGCGCUACCCGGAUAGCCGGAGAAGAGGACGAUUACAGGAAGUAG